ACAGUUCCGUCGAGGAAUAGGACACAGCCAAUGCGAAGCCUGCGCUGAACAGGAGCGGCCGGGGUUGAGAAAGAGGCAGAAAGAUGGGCGCCGUGCUACGGACUCUGUUGUUAUGUAGUUUUUGUUUGCUAAUACGAGGUGUACCCCUCCUGCUGUAUGCCAACCGGCGGGACCUGCGGCUGGUGGAUGCGGCCACGGCAGGGCCAACCCACGGUGGUGGUGGGGUCUGGAGGACGCCGCCGCUGUUGGAUUACGUAUACGCUCAGGGAUUGGUCUACUGGAGUGACGUCAGCGAGGAGGCCAUCAAACGCACCACCUUCAACCAACAGGGCCCGGCACGGCGGCGGCGGCCCAGACCGUGGUUGUAUCGGGCUGGCGUCGCCGGACGGCCUGGCCUGUGAUUGGUUAGGCAAGAAGCUGUACUGGACAGACUCCGAGACCAAUCGGAUAGAGGUGGCUGAGCUGGAUGGAUCGUUACGGAGAGUUCUCUUCUGGCAGGACCUGGACCAGCCCCAGCCAUCUCUCUGGACCCGGGGAGAGGGUGAGUACCUGACAAGUAGUG